AUGUCGUUUGAGUCCACGGGACACCGCAGCACGGUGGGGAGUUUAGUCAAUUCCUUCCGAGGUCGCGGAAACAUUCUUCAAUCCCUGCGCGGCAUUCAGAGGGAUCGUGGGACGAGUGCAUGGUUUCAGGAGUUGGCACAGGAGGCUGAGGAGGAGGGCGACGCCGCUUUUUUUCGCCUUCGAACCCCUUUAUUUGAGAAGUCGGCGCGCCCGCACGUGUUUUCAGCAGAAGAGCGGCGGCGUAUGGAUAAAUAUGAGAGUAUCGAUUACAGUGAGGCCCAGUCCUUAACGUAUAAGGCCCGAAAGUUGCAUCUAGAGAAGGAGCGUCGCUGGUUAAAGUGGAUGAUGUUUAUCUUGGUGGGAGUCGGCGUUGGCUUGUGGUCGGUGCUUCUUCUUCAAACGCUUGACUUCUUGUCGGCUCAGAAACGGAGUCUUUUGGAGAGAUUUGUGGGGUCCCCGGUAGGAAACAAGACGUUGGGCAAUAGCACGCAGUCCAUUGGACUGACACCUGCCGGAAUGCAUUGGAAGGACGUGGGCAGAGGAUAUUUAGUGUACAUCUUGUGGAGCGUCCUUGCCGCCAUGCUUUCUUCACUGUGUUGUGCUAUCGUGCCGAGCGCAGCUGGAAGCGGCGUACCGGAGGUUAUGGCGUAUUUGAAUGGUAUUAUGUUUCCGCGUAUAUUUAACAUACAAAACCUUGUCACUAAGAGUUUGUCCUGUAUUCUUGCCGUAAGUUCUGGACUCCCUGUAGGAGCAGAGGGACCACUCAUUCACAUAGGCUCCCUUAUUGCUGCGGGGCUUCCAACGGGACGCAGCCGCACUUUGAGAUGCGGUGCAGGCUCAUUGCUUUCAACAUUUCAAAAUCCACGUGACAUGCGCGAUUUUAUAUCUGCAGGUGCGGCUUGUGGCAUGACUUCGGCCUUUUCUGCUCCCAUUGGUGGAAUGCUGUUUGUGAUGGAGGAAAUGGCGACCUUUUUUUCCGUCCGACUCGCGUGUUUUGUGUUUGUGUCAUGUCUGUCAUGCAUGUGUGUCAUCCAGAUCAUAAAUACCUAUUUAAUUGGUUGGCAGAUCCCAGUACGUCAACCCGUGUCCAUAGGACCUGGCGAGUUUCGCCCCCAUGCAAUUUCCAUGUUUAUUGUGGACGUUGUGAAGGGAAAUCGUGUGCCGAUGAAUCUUUUCACUUUUGUUUCAACAAUGGUGGGAGCCAUUGUUCUUGGGCUUUUGGCCGUAUCAUAUACGGUCUCAAGUGUUAAGUUUACACGAUGGCGUUCAAAACGACUGUUCCCGAGCCCCCUACUUCGUGUGUUGGAGCCAUGUAUAUGUGCUCUUGUGUAUGCAACGGCAUGUUAUACGCUUCCGUUAGCCUUUGAUUGCGUUGAGGUGCCGGAUUACGUGAAGAAGCAUAAGGAAGAACUUCGUAUUGAACUGUUCACAGCCUUUUGUGCGGAUCGUGAGAACACCUUUAGCCCUCUCGCUACACUUGCCUUGACCAGCCCGUACAAUGGCAUCCGUCUCUUGUUUUCCCGUCAUACGGCAGCAGCGACGCCAUGGUACGCAUGCCUACUGCACCUUUUGCUCUACACACUAGGUUCCAGUUACGCGGGUGGCAUGUUUAUCUCAUGCGGAACAGUCAUUCCGUCGCUCUUUAUUGGCGCCAUUGGAGGACGAUUGAUUGGCGUCAUUUUCAACAACAGUGUGUGGGCAGAUCCGGGUGUGAUUGCGUUGAUAGGAUCCGCUUCCUACUUCUCAGGCAUCUCACGUCUUUCCUUUUCUCUCAUAGUUAUUAUGAUGGAAUUGACCUCCGACCUGACACACAUCACGUGCCUUAUGGUUGGUGUUAUUCUGGCCAGAGCCGUGGCGGAUUGCUUUUGUCAUUCACUGUAUCACUCCCUGCUGGAGGUGAAGGCGGCGCCGUUUCUUGAGAUUCAGGCAGGUGUGCAUAAGCUGGACAUGUUUUGCGCAAAGGACAUCAUGACUUAUCCUGCCGUGACGUUCGAGAUGAUAGAAAAGAUGUCCCACAUAAUACAAAUACUUCAGUCCACUCCACACAACAGCUUUCCUGUCAUGUUGACAUCAAGUGGCACAUAUGAGGGUGUUAUUUCCCGCUCACAGUUGGAGCUUCUUUUGUGGUUCAUUUACUUUCGCGACGUGGAGGGGGAAGAAGGCAGCGAAAUUCAGAAAAUAUCAAAGAGUCGCACUUUAAACAGCGAUGUUCACAAGAAGAACAGGGGACUUCGGCAGGAGGGACGGAUGGCGGUGGAUGAUGAAAAUGACGGCGGUGGGAAGAAUGCCUCUACAACUCCCGUCAAUGCCAACGGUAACGCGGAGGCCUCGAGACAACGGCUUGAAAGACAAGGACACGCGACCUAUUUGGAGCUGGCGGAAGUGAGAGAGCGAAUCUUUUGGCGACGUCUUCCGUCUUUGCCACCGGUGGAACUUUUGCCGACGGCAACGAUGCAGUGCUACGUGGACCUCUCCCCGUACGUGGAUCUGAACACUUACUACGUGCGGGAUGUGAUGUGCAUCUCGCGGACGUACCACAUCUUCCGCCACUUGGGGCUGCGGCAGUUGCCGGUGGUGGACCAAAAUCACCGCGUAAUUGGUGUCAUCUCGCGCAAAAAUUUUGUCGGUGAUCGAAUGCAUGAGCGGCUGCAGGUGGCCGAGGAAGCUGCGAAGCAGGCCGCGCAUGAGAAGGCGCAGCAACUGUACAGGAAAGGCUUUUAG